ACAACUUACAAUUGCAAAAUGGAAGCAGAAUUAGCCAAAUGAAAGUAAGUACAUGAAAUGUUGUGAUGCAGAUGCAGUAGUAUUCUGAUUUUCUCUGUUACGAGUUGCUUUACUUUCGUCGCUGGAAAACUCCAGCCGCGGUUAAACACGAGUUCAAAGUCAAAAGCAUAAAGCAAGACAGCAAAACCAUGGCCGACUCGUUUCCGUCUGCUGGAACUACGCCAUUACUGGCUUCGGGCAACCAACGCGCAACGUCGUCCUCGGACCCGAAUGCCGGCGGCGCGACAACCGAUAACCCCCAUGAUUUUUCCACUACGAGCACGAACAGCGCCCCUGUGGUGACCAAGGAGGAUUUGGACCAAUGGAUCCACCACCUGACCUCCAAGCACCUACAGCUCCCCUUGAAGCACGCCGAAAAGCUGUGCGACCACGCGAAAUUGAUUCUCUCGCAAGAGUCCAACGUGGCGGAAGUUAGGACACCGGUGACGAUCGCAGGUGAUAUCCACGGCCAGUACCACGAUCUGAUGGAGCUUUUCAGGAUAUCGGGCUCACCGCCCGACACCAACUAUUUGUUUCUCGGCGAUUACGUAGACCGGGGGUACUUUUCCGUCGAGUGCUUUUCGCUCCUUCUGUAUGCAAUAAAAAAACUGUGUCAGUGUAACUUGCUUUGGCUGACAGCAUCACAAAUUUGCUCUACAUGACAGAGAAAGCCUGUCAUGCGUGGUUUGUAAGGGAAAACACACAUGAAAAGAGGACGGCGUGGUUGUCUAGCAUGACAGGUGUAACUCUGUUGCAUGUUCUGCAUCACAGGUUUACACUUACACAGUUUUUUUCUUGCAUAUUCUGUGCUACAAGAUCCGGUACCCAAGACGAGUCACGCUCUUGCGCGGAAAUCACGAAUCCAGGGCGAUUACACAGGUAGAAGAUGGUUUGGAUUUUUUUUCUUUGCAUACUUAUACCCAUAGAAAUUUCGAAUCAUCUUUUAGUCGUACCGCAUGACAAAUAAAACGCUUCAAAUGAAACAGGUGUACGGAUUUUAUGACGAGUGCAUGCGAAAAUACCCCUCCGCAACGACGUAUCCGAAGAGAGAGAAGAAGAGCAGGAGGUGGAUCUGUCAUGCGCGGCAAGCAUACAGUAACAGUUGCAGUUACUCAUCAUGAACACCAGAAAAGAACCGUUAGUAUGCUGUCGUCACGUUUAGGUUCGUUUAGAGGACGUAAGCACGUUGUUUGAUCGGCAUGACAGACUCCACCUCUCCUCUGUUUCAUUUCUCCCCUCCCAUACGGGAAACAUGUGGCGCACGUUCACCGAUCUUUUCGAUCACCUCCCGCUCGUUGCGGUCGUCGAGAACAAAAUUUUUGCCCAGCACGGAGGUUUGUCGCCGAAUUUAGACACCAUCGACCAAAUCCGGGAACUAAACCGGGUCCAAGAGGUGCCGCACGAAGUAUCAACUGCAAAUAUGUCUGGGUCUGGGAGAUUGCGAGAUUUGUCAUGCUAGUUUGGCAUGACUCUGAGCUCUGUAUUGCGUGCCCUCGAAGAGCUCUUUCUGUCUGUGAUGCAAAAACGCAGUUUCUGAGAAACUGCGUUCUUCUCAUGCAGAGUACGCAACUCUGAAUCUGUCUCUGAACCACGGAAAAACUUGUCAUGCUGGGCAGCGCAUUACAGUGCGCUCACGCUUCCCUUUCUUGCAUCACAAGUUUCCAAACCCAGACAUAUUUGCAUUUGAUACGAAGGUCCGAUGUGCGACCUGCUGUGGUCCGAUCCGGACGAACGCGCGGGGUGGGGCAUCAGCCCCCGCUAUCAUUUGUAACCACGUCCCCGCCCCAGAGUUGUAAUGCUAAUCUGCAUGCUGAAAAUGUUUCUCAUGCGGAGACCCUUGAGAAGCAGUUGCUAGUCGCGUCUUGGGAUAACUUGUGAUGCUAGAAGCAGCGCGAUAUGCUAGAUCUGUGAUGCUGCUGAACAAGCCAAACAGGAUUACACUACGAGGCCAAACUUGUCAUGCGCAACAGCAAGAGCUGACAGAUUUGUCUAGCAGAUUUCCCAGCUUGACUCUGGUGUGGGGACGUUUUUACUCAGGAUACCCGCGGUGCGGGGCACACUUUCGGGUCCGAUGUGUCCGCCAGGUGGAACCAUUUGAACGGACUGUACUUGAUCGCCAGGGCGCUUAUGGAACAGGAAAGAUGGAGGGCGGUCUACCUGCGGCGCUUUCACAUGAAUUUUCAGCGUGUGUUGCGAUUUUACAUCGAUGCGUUUGAUAAUUUGGAACGAAGGUGUUGAAAGCCAGAGAGAGUGCCACGUCUACCGAUUUCACGUGAUGAAAUCGGUUGGUAUUUAGAUAGAUCCCUAGCGUACGUGUUAUGCAUACGAUGCACCAGCAUGAUGAGAGAACAAAUUACAAACUUGUUGCAGCAGUUGAAAGCCAAAGUCGUUCGGUCCGUUAGCUUUUUCCUUUCCAUAAAGCACCAACUGGUAAUGGAGGGAUUCAACUGGAGUCACGACAAACAGGUACUAAUUUUAUGCGUAUAUAAAAAAGUUUCUGCAGUUUGUCAUGCACAAGUGCGAAGAUAUGCAAAACAUUGAACAUGCGUCACUGCAUGACAAGUUUGUUCCAAAAGAUUAUCACAACUUCUCCAGGUUGUCACCAUCUUCUCCGCGCCAAACUACUGCUACCGGUGCGGCAACCAGGCCGCUAUCCUCGAGGUAUCCAGCACGAUUUCCGGCCCCGCAGCCGACACAAACACCUCCACGGCGGUAUGGGGUUCUCAAAUGUUACAUUCUCAACUGUUACAUGGAUUUGUAAUGCAAGAAUGUCAAAAGUAAAAGGGGGAAGAUUACGCCUUUUGCAUUACAGGUUUGGCGCAGAGUCUAGUGCUACCUAGCGCGUCGAGAACUUGUCAUGCGACGCAGCUUGAUGGUGUAGAUACUGAUGAGCGUUUUGCAUGACAAAUCGCGUAACAGUUGAGAAUGUAACGCUUGAGAGUCCCAUAGGCGGAAGACGCGGGAUUGAACACGGGUGGCAUCAUGGAGCAGAACCUGGCCACCUAUGCAAGAAAAAAACUGUGUAAAUGUAGUAACUCUGUGACGCAGAACAUGCAACAGAGUCACACCUGUCAUGCCAGACAGCUCGGACGUCCUCUUUUCAUGUGUGUCUUCCCUUGCAAGCCGCGCAUGACAGGUUUUCUCUAUCAUGUACAGCAAAUUUGUCAUGCUGUCAGCCAAAGAAAGUUAUACUAACACAGUUUUUUUCUUGGAUACCACCUCCACGACCAACAAUAUGAACCAAAAUCUCUCCACCGGGAUCGAGUCACACUUGCAAAACACAACCGCCUAUCAAGUGCAAAAAUGUCUGGGUCUGGAAGAAUGCAUGUUUGCCAUGCUUGUCUGGCAUGACUCUUAAAUCCGUCAUGCACGUUACCCAAGUAGAGCUCCAUUUUUCUGUGAUGCAGAAACGCAGUUUGUCAUCCAGAAUAGCCAACACCUAGAAAGAAGCUCAGAAACUUGUCAUGCUGAGUCAGCACUUGUGGCCUCAUCAUGAGACGCCACCCAGCAUCACAAGUUUCCAGACCCAGACACUUUUGCAGUUGAUGUCGUCUCCGACACCCGACCCGGGCCAAAGUGGGCCAGUUUUCUGCAGUUCGAUUCCGCGCCGAGGAGAGGGGGAUUGCAGCCCAUGAAUUUCGGCUUAGACGACGAGGGAACGUUUUUGGCGGACGAGCCGUACCCGAGUCAGCUGAUUCCGAAACCCGAUUACUUUUUGUGAUUUUGCACGAAAACGAACUGAGCUGAAGCUUCUGUAAGUAAGUGUGGUUCUGCUUUCUGCUGUGAAUGCGUUUUGCCUCCAUGGAAAUGUUUGAGAAAGUCGUGAAAAAAUGAAUGAUUUUGAAAGGUUGCACUUUCAUCUUGACGCUGAUUUUUCCUAUUUGAAGCUGAGAAUUAUUCUAUUCCUGGCAGCAUUGGAGUGUGAAUGAAUGGUUUGUAAACUAGGAAACGAAGAUGGUUGUUGUGGCAAAGAACCUAAAACAUUUCAUAGAAAGAAAAGCAAAGUCUUUUCACUUUUUCCAAUGCAAAUUCACGUAGAUGAUGACGCCGAGUACUUACUUGUUGCUAAAUUAAUCCUCUGCACUAGCUCCGAUGAAUGUUGAAGUUGAUGUACAUACACGACACAAGAGUCUUUACUCUACUGUGGUCACAACAACCGCCGCGGAAGUAGAUGAAGACGAGUGCGAGUGGCUUCCGCAAGAGAAGACUGAAAAUGUUACUGUCUAAACGCAAAUUUUCUGCAGGCUCUGAAGGAAGAUCAUUUGAUCUUUUUGGUUUUCAUGUCCACUCUCCUGGCAUGAUGCUCCAGAGAU